AAGAGAUAAAAAGUAGAAAGUGAAAAACCAAACGAGUAGUUUCGCCAACUCGAAAACGAGGCUUUAACCCAAGGAAUUCCCCAAUACUGGUAAACUUUACACACCAAGGUGCAUUUUAGCAGGAUACCCUCAAAAGGAAAUGAAAUUACAAAAUACCCCCAGAAAUCACAUAACCUGAACGUUAGAACCGGCCCUCUCCUUCCCUCACUCCCCAAUAUAAAAUCUAUAUAUCGCAUGACGAAAACUCUCUCAACGCGUUCCCGUCGAUUAGCAUAGCAAAGAAGAAACCUACCCGCUACGACAAAAAUUAACUCCUUCAAAGCCAGUUGAAAAAGAUUAAGGAAAUCCAUCGGGAAUUCUUGGUAUUAAACAUUGAGCUCGCUCUGUGAUGCGAUCAAUGGUGUUUUCCGGUGAGAGAGGGAUGGCGAUGGGACCCGAGAGAUCAAAACCUCUUCACAAUUUCAACCUUCCUUGUUUGAAGUGGGGCAAUCGGAGAUAUCUCAGGUGUAUGAAACUUGACGAUGCUUCCACCGCCACCGACUCUUCCACCGCCCCCCCUGCUGAUCACAACCAGCAUUGUCGUCGCCGUGUCCUUCAAAGACGCCGAUCUCCCCCCUCUAAGUUUGACAGUUUGAUGGUUGGUGGAAUGCGGCGGCGCGAAUCAGAGUCAUCUCCCAGCAGCAAGAACACCGAUUACGCUAGGGAGCAGCGGUUGAGGAUAUCUAAGGGGGAGGCGGCGGCGGGGAUCGAGGCAGUUAGGGAGAAGAUCAUUAAGGAUCUUAAAACGGCGGCGGAUGAGAUCAAAGAUGCAAUUUUUAGAGACGAAGUGUCCGACGACGAUGAGGUGGAUGACGACGAGGAGGAAUUUGAAGAGCCUAAACAUAAGCACAAAGUUAAAGAUAAAGAGAGGGAGGAAUCGCCUGCGGUAGAGGUGGAGGCGAGGCCGUGGAAUCUGAGGACAAGGCGUGCCGCGUGUAAGGCUCCGGUUGACGGAGAAGUAACUAACAACAAUUACAGUUCUCCGAUGAGGAAUGAGGUGUUUCAGUCAUCCAGAGUAAGAGACAAGGGACCACCGGCGGCAUCGGCGGUGGCCUCCUACAAGAAAAAGCCACGACCGAAAUUUUCGGUGCCGCUAUCGAAGAAAGAGAUCGAGGAGGAUUUCAUGGCGUUGGCCGGGCACCGCCCUCCGAGAAGGCCAAAGAAACGCGCACGCAAUGUUCAGAAGCAAUUGGAUUACUUGUUUCCCGGAUUGUGGCUGACGGAGGUAACGGCGGAUGCCUACAAGGUUCCGGAGUUGGCUGAAAACGGCAAGAGGUAGUAAAGGGGGUGUUUCAACUUGCAACAAGCUCGAUUGGAGGCUUCUGUUUACCGACUGAUGGUAAUUUUGUGACCGUAAUUAGUCGUCUCGUAUACAGUGGUACCAGACCUUUGUGAAUUUAGGAAUUUCACAAAAACAAAGUUGAAUUUGCCUUUUUAUCUUUCUGGUGUCGGUUCAAUUGCUUUAAAGAAAAUGCUAAUUUUUGUUUUAAUAUGCUCUUCAUUCAUUUUAUUUCUUUAUCUCAAGCUGAAUAAUCUUGUACAAAGUAAGGUGACAAGUACAUCUGUGUUUUCUUUUUAAUAGAAGAGAAUGGUUCUUCUGAUUACAAUUGUUGAAUGGUCUUUUUGAUUCUGUUGAGUGCACCAAGUAAAAUCCUGCUACUUACAGUUAUUAAACCAAAACAUUUAACAACUGCAUUUGUGUUGGUACGAAUGAGGAGCAAAUGAUAGUAUAUCUGCAGAUGCUGUAGCUUUAUCUGAAUUGAACUUGCAUGCUUGAUAAUUGCAUCAUAGCUAAUUCUUUUGGUUAUGCUUGUUUGGAUUUCUAAAGCUAAUUGAACUCGAGAGUGUGCAUAACUUGGAUUCUUAUGCACCUAAUUCAAAAACUGCUAUUUAAAACAGGUUUUCAACUUGCAGACUAUUUGGUUAAGCGUUAUUUUGGAUUUGCUAAAGCUAAAUGGAAAACAUUGAACUGUGUUGUUUGGCCAUUCAUUGGGCAUUGGUAGAGCUAUCACUGACUUCCAGCAUUGAGAAAAGCUACUUUUAAUCCUUGGGUUGUUCAUCCUUGGUAAUUGCAUUUGUGUUAGGUAAUGAAAUAACAUACGAGUGCAUUCAUUGGUGUCUCUCACAAUAAUGCCUGUUAAGACACAAGGAGCUUUUUGAAACCCUCGCUCCCACCCACCUAAACAAUGUAUUGUUGUUGGAUUAAAAGCAGUAGUGGAACAGAGAAGAUCACUAGAUAUAAGAUUUUGGCACGGGGUUGCUGAGGCAGAGAUGGAAGGAAGCCCGCAGUCUCUCUGAUUCAACAAAACCAGCCAAAUUUGACCACGGAAACGUGUCUGUAGGAGGCCCCAACUCCCUUCGCAUUUGCAAGUCUUGUAUCUUUAUUUCCGGAUGAGGAGGAUUUUGUAUAGUCGCAGGCCUUGAUCGCUUAUGUCUAUAGAAUGUCCGCAAGGAAUAAGGUCCUCUUGGCUCUUUUUUUGGGUCCUUUAUCAUCUUAAAAAUCACGUCAAAUUGGAUGACUUUUUGUUUUUUUGUUUUUUAUCUUUUAUUUUUUUAUAAUUAAUAAAGAAAACGGGGUUGUUUAGGAUCGAA